AUGAAGCUUUCAUCAGUUUUUUCCUCUUUAGCUUUGGCUGCAACUGCCUUGGCUGCAAAUGAUGUCAAGGAUACAACCUCUUUAGAAACCACCUUGGCUUCUACUACUUCCAUUAACGUUGCUUCCGGCUGCUCCUUCAAGAGCGCAUUCACUGCAACUGCACAAUCCGACUUGGACAGAUUGACCGGUUGUGAAGGUAUCCAAGGUGAUGUUAUCAUUACCGGUGACUUGGGUUCUGCUUCCAUUGCAAACGUUAAGGCAAUUUACGGUGACUUGCAAAUUUACAAUGCAACAAACUUACAAUCCUUUGCUGCUGAUUCUAUUGGUACCAUCACUGGUUCUUUAAAACUUCACGGUUUGACCGUCUUAUCUUCUCUUUCUUUUGGUUCUUUAAAUUCUGUUGGUGCGAUCAACUGGGUCACAUUACCAAACUUGGUUGAAACCGGUUUAUCCCAAGUUACUGAUUGUAACUCCAUCUUGAUUUCUGAUACUCAAUUGUCCGAUUUGAAGGGUAUCAAUCCAGUUAAUGUUGAAAUCUUCAAUGUUAACAACAACCUUAACUUGGCUUCUAUUUCUUCCAACAUUGAGACCGUUUCUAACGCUUUAACAGUUGCAUUCAAUGGUCAUGACACAGAAGUUGAAUUCAAUGAUUUACAAUGGGCUAAUAACUUGACUUUCUAUUCUGUUGCUUCUGUCUCUAUGGAAAAGAUUAACUAUGUUAAUAAGUCUGCAGGUUUCUUUGAAUCUUCUGUUGAAGAAUUGACCUUCCCAUUGAUUACUGGUAUUGGUGGUGAUUUGACCAUUGAAAACAACCAAGAUUUAACUCAUAUUGACUUCUCUAACGUCACUGCUAUUGGUGGUGGUUUUGUUAUUGUUAACAACACCGAAUUGGCAUCUAUUGAAAAUGUCGACUCUAUCAAGAGUGUCCAAGGUGCUGUGGUCUUAAAGGGUGACUUUGACAACUGUACCAUGUCUUCCUUAAGAACCGUUAGAGGUGCAUUUGAUUUGGAAACUACUGGUUACGCUGACUGUGAUCCUUUCAAGAAGUUGUCCAAGAAUGGUGGUAUUCAAGGUUCUUACAAAUGUAAGGCUAAGUCUAAGCCUGUUUCUUCCUCCUCUUCUUCUGAAUCUUCUACUAAGACUAAGACUGGCUCUGACUCUAAGACUACCUCCAGUGACAGUGAUUCCACUUCUACCUCUUCCAAUGCAGAUGUCUCUUCCAUCUCUACCACAUCUAAGGGUGCUGCAGCUUCUCUCCAAAAGGCUUCCGUCUUUGGUACUGUUGCAGCAGUUUUAUUAGCAUUAUUAUAG